AUGAAUAAACAAACGUUUGGGUAUCUCGUGGUCUGGCGAUUGUUGUCCGUGUACAUUGUUCAGACCAGUGAUGUGCCUGACGAGUACUGGCAGUCCCUGGAGGUUGCUCACAAACUAGCUUUCGGGUAUGGACACCUCACGUGGGAGUGGAGGCACGGAAUCAGAAGCUAUAUCUACCCCUUCUUAAUUUCCAUUCUGUAUAAAAUCCUGGAACUUGUGGGGUUGGAUUCCGCUGGAAUUCUGAUUAAUGCGCCGAGGGUGUGCCAAGCAGUGCUCAGUGCAUAUGCAGAUUAUAGGUUCUACUUAUGGACGAACAGCACAUGGUCGACAUUCGUCCUGACUCUGAACUGGUUUUGGUACUACUGCGCCACGCGAACCUUGACGAACACGGUGGAAACAGCCCUCACCAUAAUAGCCCUGUCGAGCUUCCCCUGGAGGGACUCCAAGCGCCCAGAGACCUCCUACUUCCUCUGGAUCGUCGGAAUCACUUGCGCCAUAAGGCCCACCAUGGCUAUAACCUGGAUGCCCCUUUGUGUGUACCACCUCGUCACCACCUCAAAAACCAUCACCCAAGUACUCCUACAGUAUUUGAUCAUCGGCCUUACAACUUUGGGGUACUCCAUCGCAAUCGACACCUACUGCUACAAACGUCUAGUCCUGACUCAGUGGGAAUUCUUCAAGGUUAAUGUUAUGAACAACAUAGCUGGAUUCUAUGGGACUCACAGCAUCCUCUGGUACUUCACAUCAGCACUUCCAGUCCUCCUUGGAAUUUAUGUGAUUUAUUUCGUCAUUGCUACGUACCAAGUCCUGAAGCAUUACAAAGUGAAUUCAAGGGAAUUUAUUCUACUCCUGACCAUCUUCUGGACAAUUUCAGUUUAUUCUCUCCUAGAUCACAAGGAAUUCCGGUUCAUUCUCCCGAUUCUCCCCAUGAUUAUCUUCAUCUGCACCUGCACUAAAGCCCCAGAGGCCUUGAAAUCCGCUCACACCUUAAAGAGGAUCUUCAUUGGGGUCUUUGUCCUGACGAAUUUGAUACCCCUGUCGUAUUUCAGUUUCAUACACCAACGAGGAACUCUGGAGGUAAUGAAGGUCUUGAGGCAGGAGUUGGGGAGACUGGAGGGUAGUUAUGCCAGACAUGGGGUAGAUGCCAUGUUUCUAACUCCGUGUCAUGCCCUUCCGUUAUACAGUCAUCUUCACAGAAAUCUUACCACGAAGUUCUUGGGGUGUGAACCGAAUUUACGGGGUGAGGAGAAUUAUGUGGACGAGGCUGAGGAGUUUUUUGGAGAUCCCAUGGGCUGGAUUGAUAGGACUUUUGGGAAUGACAAGGGCUGGGAAGAGGAGGACGUGUUGCCUGCAUUUGUGGUGUUGUUUGAUAAUGUUGAGAAGAGGAUUCAGAGGUUUCUGGCGUUCUAUGAGCUUAUUGUGAGGAGGUGGAACACACAUGUCAGUCAGGGUAAUCAUGGGAACUAUAUUGAAGUUUAUAGGCUUAAGUCGUUGGGGGAUUUAAAGAGGUAGGGAGCCUGUGAGACUGAUGGGUUCAGAAUAAUUGUCUAGAUUUUUAAUGAACAUCUUUGUGAAUUUAGCAGAUUGCGUCAUAUUCUUCAGUGAACCUAUUAGUCUUAGGAGAUUGAACAAAUGUAAUUUGAUGGACUGAAGGUCUGUUGAAUUAGUUUAUGAACGUAGUUCCCUGGGAGUAAUUGAAAUGAGCUACGGAACUGUAAAUAAUUAGAAGAAAAUAUUGCCUGAAGAACUCAUAAAUUAGUAACUUUAGAAAUAUUAAGCACGUUCUCAUGAACCGACGAAUUUUGUGAUGUUCGAACAAAUAUCAUCAUGAACAUCUAAUAGGGGAGAGAUGGCCAGCU